AUGGCAGACUCCCAACCAGCCUACCUCUCGCCCAGCGAACUAGGCACAAAAGACUACUGGGAAACAUACUACGCGCGCACACUUGCACACAUUUCCCACGACAAGCCCGCGGAAACCAACGACUCCGACUCAGACAUCAACGACGAAGACGAUCCCGGCACAUCAUGGUUCUCAGAGCAUAAUGCCCCGCAGAAAGUAUUGCGGUUCCUCACGCGCGGCGAGGCCCCGAUCUCGCGCCGUGCAAGACAUUCUGCUUCUGUGCUUGAUUUGGGGACUGGGAAUGGGAGUAUGCUGGCGCUUUUGAGGAAGAGGGGAUUGUUUAAGGGGAGGCUUGUUGGGGUGGAUUAUUCGAGGCAGAGUGUUGAGUUGGCGAGGGAGUUGCAGAGGAAUAAAGGGCAUUCGGCUUAUCAUAGUGAUUCUGAAGAUGAGGAUGAGGAUGAUGAAGAGGAGGAGGGGGGGGAAGGGGAGAGUCAGGCUGAAGAAGGAGAAGAAGCUCCUAUCCGGUUUGAGGAGUGGGAUAUUCUUGGAUCGAAUGCUGGACUUUCGGAGACGGGACUGCCGAAUGCGACGCCUGAUGAGUCUUUGGAUUGGUUCCCUUACCAGGAUGGUGGGUUUGAUGUUGUGCUUGAUAAGGGGACUUUCGAUGCGGUUUCACUGGCGGAUGAUGCGAAGACGAGUCGUGUCUGUGAGCGGUAUCCUGAUAUUGCACGGCGGCUGGUCAAGCGCGGUGGGUUCUUGAUUGUUACUACAUGCAAUUGGACCGAUGAGGAGCUGGUGCAUUGGUUCACGGGGGGUCAGACCAGUGGGGAUCGAUUGACGGUUUGGGGUCGAGUUGAGUAUCCAGUGUUCCGGUUCGGUGGACAUGAAGGACAGGGUGUCUGCACGGUGUGUUUCCAGCGUGUUGGAGAUGCAUGA